AUCCCGAGCCACAUUUCUUCAAACCAUCAUUAAUUCUCAAUAUUGUUAUAGGAUGAUGAGGAUCCAAGUUAUUGAGAGAGAUUGCAUUAAGCCUUCUUCACCAACCCCACCCCAUCUCCGUAAACAUGAACUUUCUUUCCUUGACCAAAUCUCCACCCCAAUUUUCAUGCCUAUGAUCCUUUUCUACACCAACAAUAAUGUUCGUCGUGGUGACGAUGCCAAAAUAUAUUCUGAUCGGGUUAAGCAAUCCCUGUCGGAGACCUUGACACAAUAUUAUCCGCUAGCCGGACGUGUUAUCGACAAUGCCUACGUCGAUUGCAACGACCAAGGUAUCCAUUAUGUCCAAACCCAAGUGAACUGCUCGCUAUCUGACGUGAUAUCCCAACCCGACCCAAACCAACUCAACAAAUUACUCCCGUAUGAGCUAGACAAUGUCGGUGACUUGGUUCUUGCUGUCCAAGUCAACAUAUUUGACUGUGGUGGCAUGGCGAUUGGAAUUUGCAUUUCUCACAAAAUUGCCGAUGCCUUGUCACUCAUCAUGUUCCUAAACAGCUGGGCCUCAAUAGCUCGUGGAGAUUGUGAUAACAAAAACAGUACAAUUAGCCCCCCACAUUUUGAUACGGCCACCUUCUUCCCACCCAGAAGCAUGUCUGGGUUCGAACCAAGCACUGGGAUCACCAGAGAAAACAUUGUGACCAAAAGGUUUGUUUUUAGUGCUUCUAUGGUUGCUUCUCUUAGGUCAAAGUACACAGAAAAUAAUUCCAAUGAGAGAUACCCGACCCGCAUUGAGGCCCUGUCAUCUUUUAUAUGGGCCCGGUUUAUAGCUUCCACCCAAGGAGAGCCCAACCCGAAAACAAUUUACAAAGUGCUUCACGCCGUCAACUUACGGACCAAGAUGGACCCACCACUUCCCGAGUAUUAUUUUGGAAACGUGAGCCGGUUUGCGAUUGCGACGCUGUCGUUUGACGGGAGGGAGAACACGUGUUAUGGGCUGGUUGGUCAAAUGAGAGAUGCCUUGAAGAAGAUCGACAGUGAUUACAUGAGUAAGAUGAGAGAUGGCGACACACACUUGAACUUUUUGAAGCAGCGAGUAGCAGAGUUUAAGAAAGGUGAAGUGGUGUCGUUUAGCUUUACUAGCUUGUGCAGAUUCCCGCUUUAUGAAACGGACUUCGGGUGGGGAAAACCCGUGUGGGUCGGGUCCGCUAGCCUCACGUUUAAGAAUUUGGUUGUCUUCAUGGAUACCGAGUCCGGUGGUGGGAUUGAAGCAUGGGUUAAUUUGAAGGAGGAAGACAUGGCCAAGUUCCAAGAGGAUGAGCAAUUGCUGGCAUGUACUUACAAGUAGUGGUGGUGGCGAUGAAGAAUGUGGUCACGGCGUGGUGAAACCAGUGGUACGAUAAGCAAUAGGCAAUAUAGACAAUGGCUAUGUCAAGAAAUUACAAAAACAAGGUGAUGAGCACUUGCUAAGCUAAGGAAAUAAAUUUCCCUGUGUGUAACUAUAUGUUUGUGUUACAAAAUUUCCCUAUCGAUCUAACUAAUAUGUUUGUGUUAUGUGUAACAAAAUUAUAAUUUCAAGUUUUAAUCUUUUAGAUUUUCUCAAUUAAGGCCUACACUUUGAAUACUAGUAUAUACAAAGUUUAAAACAUUGGGUUGCACCUUCAUGUUCA